CCUAUUGUAUACAUUUGCAUGCAUAUUCGCCAAAAUAUGCUCAAUUUGACAUGAAAUAUAAGACAAAAUAUAAGACAGAAAAGUUAACCUCAUUGAAUCUAUGUUUAUAUUAUAUUUAUAUCAAUAAAUUAUUACUAAUAGUAACAAACAUGGAUGAUGAUGCAGCUGCUCUUCAGAGUUUGGAACACCUAAUGACAGAAUUUUUUUCACCAGAGACAACUAACGAACGUAAGAGAACGAUUGAACAUAGUUUUCAAGAAUUUGCAGGACGACUUGACUCCUGGAGACCAUGUCUGCAUUUUUUGUCAUCUACAAAUAAUCAUUAUGUUAGCAUGUUUGCUUUAUCAACGUUAGAGACAACUAUUGGUAGAAGAUGGCCAAUUCUUCCUUGGGAGGAUAGAGCACUUACACGAUCAACUUUAUACACGUUGUCAUUGGAAAAAACUGUUGUACCAUUUGUUAGAAAUAAAGUAGUAAAGUUAGUAGUUGACAUUGCAAGACACGAUUGGCCACAUUUUUAUCCCGAUUUUUACUCCAACAUUUUACAGUUACUAGAUCAUAAGCAUUCAAGGUUGCUAGGUUUGGUAUACUUAAGAACUGCUUCUGAAGAAUUAGCUACACCACGAGAGGAUUUACCAGUACAAAGAAAAAAUGAACUGUUAAGAUUACUUAGUGCUCAAGUGCCUCUGACACUGGAUACACUAACUGCACUUUUAAAAAAAACAACAAAAUUAAGGAAUAGAUCAGGAACUGCAACACCACCACCUUCUCCUACUAGUGGUCAAACAGUACCACCUGUACGUGCAGUAUUGGACGUAGAGGGUUUAGCAACAGGCACCAGUGAAGUUUCCAUUGCUAUACUUCAAGUCUUAGCACAUUUAUUUAGCUGGAUUGCUUUGGCAGAUCAUAUUUCUAAUAGUUUAUUGGAAGCUAUAUUUUCCUGUGCUAAAUAUCAUGAUACUAUGAAUGGUAAACAAAUAGAAAUGGCUGUACAAGCUGUGACUACUAUAAAUGAACUCCUGUACAGGCCUUUGCAUAUUCCAAAUGUUAAAAAAUCAUUAUUAUUAGAUAUAUUUACAAAUGGAAUAAAUAUAUUUCAACACGUGGGACGUUUAGACUCUGUGGAUGAAAGUUAUAUGGGAAAAAUAACAGAAUUCUUUCAAUUAUUUGUAACAAAUCAUUUGAAGCAAGUUGAAUCAUGUCCUAGAACUCUUGUGAAUAUGUUAUUAGAAAUUCUUUGUCAGCAUACGUUUCAACGAUGUUCUACAGUAAAUGAGUAUCUUCGACGUUUGGAUAUUUGGAUUGUUCUUUUAGAAAAUUCACAAUCACGAUAUUCGUCAGUAGCAUUAGGUUUAGCUGAAAGAGUACUUCAAAAAAUGUGUUUUAAAUUUAAUGCACAAGCGUUAAGAGAACUUGAUACAGAAAGUUUAGAUGAAAAUGAAGAAACAGAGUGGCAACAUUUUUUAAGGUGCAAUAUAGAAUGCUUAGCUAAACUUGCAGAUGUAUCACCUAUUCCAGUGUUUACAUUACUGUAUCGUUUUUGGAAAGGAAAUUUAAUAAUAUUCGGAGAAUUAGGUAACGCAAUAAGUAAUAAUCAAAUUAUUUUACUAAAUGAUACAGAAGCUUCUAAUGCUCACGUACAUUUACGUGAUUUGGCUUCUACAACUCAAGCCUUAGCUAGAUUAUAUUCUAUUUUUAUUGGGGAUCAAUCAACUAUAGAUCAAUCUUUCGCAGAAGAAGUUGUUUCACAAACAUUAGAUGCAUGUAUUUUUGCUAGAGAUAAUCAACUUUAUAAAGCGGCAUUGCAACCACCAACCAUAGUAUUAGAUAUUAUUGAAGUUCAUUCACAACUGUUAGCAUCACUUCAGGCAUGGUGUCACUGGAUAGCAAAAAGACCUGAAAAAAUAAAAGACACGUUAUGUCAAAGUUGUGUUAAUUCGUGUAUUUGGGCAUUAACAUAUACUGCAUCUUGUGAUGUACCACCUUUUAAUCUCGUUCAUUCUGCAACUCAUCUUUUUCAAAGUAUUACUGCCAUCUUGAAACCUAUAUUGUGGGAUAAUGGUACUUUUAGAGAUUUAAUUUCUAUGAGAACAUAUCCAUCUUUAAAACCUGACACUAUCAAAGUAUUACGACGAGCAUUAAUUAAUGGUAUUAUUUUACCAACUGGAGAUGGAACUAUAAGAGAAAAACUGAUUGGCACAAUGGUAGGAUCUUUAACAGAACCUCUAGGAGCACGUGGCCAAUCUUUACCUUCUGAUUCAACGAUAUUAACGAUUGUACCAUCAUUAACUCAAUUAUUAGAGGAUUGUUCUUCUUCAUCAACUACUGUCAAAAAGAUGUUACACUCUAACUUAAAACCUAGUAUCGAUCGAUCAUUAGAACUUUUACCAUAUUUGAUAAGAUAUCAUAAUAUAUGCGAAGUUGUACUUAAUUUUUUAUAUUCAGUAUUUUUAGUAUUGCAACAACAAUUAGGUCCUGAAUUUACACAAAGUGCAGUACAAGAAAUGCUACAAAUUUAUACCAGAGAAAAUAUUUCUGUUGGACCUGCAUUAGAUCAAUUAUUGGAAAUAUUAAUAUUAGUAAUAUUAGCACCUACUAGUGCAUCCAAAGCAUUUAUUCCAUCUGUAAUCAAUUUAUGUUUGGGUCACGUAUGGCCUGCUGUUGGAAAUGAUCUUAGUGCUUUUCCUGAUACUACACUUGUUUUAUUAAAACUUUUUUAUGGCAUUAUUACACAUCAAUGGCAAUACUUUUAUAAUACAUCAGUAUUACGGACACUUGGUCAUCCAGAUGAGGAUGAACCUGUUGAACAUAAAGAAGAAUUAGUUGCAAUUUUGGAAGCUUUCGGUCAAGCUUUAUUGCAGCCAGAUGUUAAUAUAUUUCGCCAAAGUUUGCAAAGUCUUGAACUACUUAAUGCAAGGUGGCGACUAUAUCAAAGGUCUAUAUUUAAAGUCCAUCUACUUGAAAGAUUCUUAAUGGCCCUAUUUACAGUUUUAUUUCAACAAUCUCACAAUCUAUUAGCUGAUGAAAUUGCAGUUGCUAUACAUAGUUUAGCAUCUGUAAAUAUAGGAUGGUUCUUUCAACACUUUCUUCCUACAUUUUUAACUAGCUGUGAAGGUGUCGAUGACAUGCAAAGAGCUACAUUAUUAGAGAACUUCGACAAAUCAACUGACCAACCAACUUUAACAAGAUCUGUUCUUCAACUUAUUUCUGACUUACGAUGUUAUCAACUGUGUAGGCCAGGUUAAAAAAAUACAUAUAAGUAUUAAAAUAAUAAAGUGAUUGCAUUUGAUAAUAUUUCAUAAAUAGCAUUUGAAAAAAAUCAUUAUUCCUUAAGACUAUUUCCAGUGCCUAGAGAUAAAAUAUAAAUUUUUUCAUUUCACAAAAAGAUAAAUUAAAACAUUUUGUAAUAUUUACUAUCUUGUGUGUCACUGCCGCGACUUUAAUGUAUAUCAAAACUAUUGUUAUUAAUAAAACUCGUCUUUUUAUA